AUGGAAAGUAGAGUCAUGGAUACCCUGGCCAAAAAGACAGAGAAGGUCAAAGUUUUAGAUCAAAGCUUCAACAGUCUGAGAAACAGGGGAGAAAGUGGAUCCAAAGUUAAACCUCCCAAAGUCCCUGUCAAGCUUGUUAUCAAGAAAGAGCCUAGGGGCAAGGAAAAUUUGAUCGAAGAAGAGCCCAUAAUCGAUGAUGAUGAAGACGAAGAGCCUGAUGAAGCUGAACUUAAAAGGCGGAAGGCUCGUGAUGCUGAAUUGAAUGAAACACAACGAAUUGUCAAGGAAGCUGGGGAAAAAGAAAGGGCAGAUAAGGAAGCUUAUGCCACUCUCAAAAGCAAAAUGCUAUUAUUUCCAAAGUGGACCUUGAAGAAGAUUCAGCAUGAUGUUGUGGAGCUACCUAGUCAAUAUUGGUUGGAUCCCAUUGCGUCCUUUGAUCGUCAAAAUUCUCAGGAUUCACAACUUGAUCUUCCAAUCACUCCAAAAGCAUUCAGGUUUCGUGCUUUUGUGAAGGUUGCGAAUUCUCCUUUCACGGAUAGUAGUGUCGAUCAAUUGUUGUUCUCCAUCUACUUAAAGCACAUGAAUCCCCACUUCCCCAAUGUAAAGUUUAAAGUAGUGAGAGGAUCAGCUUGUCAAGCCUACGAAUUCACCCUCUUCGACUUGCCUUGUUUGAAUCCUAAUGAUUGGAUCGUACUUUACAACAUAUUGCUGAGAGAGAAAGAGAAGUAUGAGCUUGUAAUGUCCCAUCUCCAACUAAUGAUCAAGUCUUAUAUUCAAGAGGUUGGAUCGAUGGAUGUGGAUAUUAUCACUGUUUUGAAGAAGAAUUCGACUGUCGUUCCUAAGGAAGCUCUGAAAGACUUCGAGAAAUUAAAGGAAGGGAAGAUAUACAAGGAAGGAUGGUUCGUAGUGAUCAGUCCAGAGAACGAACAGAAGCUGGCUUUCGCAAGUCUUACUUCUAUCUCGAAGACAAACAUCUAUACAACACUACCUGUCUGGAAUUUAUAUUGGACCUGA